UUAUUAUUCAGGUUGUCAGUGGUCUGUUUAAAGAAGAAGUUGUGAUUUGUGUUUGUUUUUAGUGUUUGUUGCUGUGAGCAGGAGAGAGGAGGGGCGGACACUCAGCAUCUUUCAGCCUCCGCCCGUCUCUCUCUCUCUCUCUCCGGCUCUGCCUCUCUGUCCGAGACGGAAGAGCGACGGGGAGGAAGAGAAAACAAACAAAACAAUAUAAAUAAAAAAAUAAACUGAGAAUAAAACAACAGCAAUAAAGAAGUGGGGCGAUGGCCGCCGGCGGGGGAUGCGCGGAAUCGGUGGAUCAGUACCGGGCCGAGGUGGAGCGGCUCACGCAGGAGCUGGCCGAGGCGAACCGGGAGAAGAUCCGGGCUGCGGAGUGCGGUCUGGCCGUCCUGGAGGAGAACCAGGCGCUGAAGCAGAAGUACGCGGAGCUGGAAAGCGAGCAGGAGACUCUCAGGAAGGAGUUGGAGCAGCUGCAGGAGGCGUUCGGCCAGGCCUACACCAACCAGCGCAAGGUGGCCGAGGAUGGCGAGACCAACGAGGAGACCUUGCUGCAGGAAUCUGCAUCCAAGGAGGCCUACUACAUGGAUCGGCUGCUGGAGCUGCAGACGGAGGUGACGCUAAGCCGCUCCGUGGCGUCCAACUCGCAGUCCGAGAACGAGAGGCUCAACUUGCUUCUGCAGGAGCUCCGAGAGAGUAACGAGAUGCUGGAGCUCCAGAGGAGCAGGAUGAGGGAGGAAAUCAAGGAGUACAAGUUCAGAGAGACCCGGCUGCUUCAGGACUACACCGAGCUGGAGGAGGAGAACAUMACMCUGCAGAAACUGGUGUCCACGCUCAAGCAGAACCAGGUGGAGUACGAGGGAUUGAAGCAUGAAAUCAAGGUGCUGGAGGAGGARACGGUCCUCCUCAACAGCCAGCUGGAAGAUGCGCUGCGCCUGAAGGAAAUCUCCGAGGGUCAGUUGGAGGAGGCGCUGGACGCCCUGAAGACUGAGCGCGAGCAGAAGAACAACCUAAGGAAAGAACUGGCCCACCACCUCAGCCUGAGCGACAGCGUCUACGGCGCCGGGGCCCACCUGGCCCUCACCGUCACCGGCGUCGAGGGGCUCAAGUUCCCUGAGGAGACCAAUGGAACCAACGGCUCCGGCGUCGGCCCCGCCGCUAACGGCAACAUGGAGGACAGCAACCGCUGCAACGGCCACCUCCACAACGGACCGGCGUUGGCGAAGAUGAACGGGGACUACCGAGCGGGCAGGAAGGGAGAAGGCCUCGUCCCGGACCUGUUCAGUGAGCUCAACCUGUCCGAGAUGCAGAAGCUCAAACAGCAGCUGCUGCAGGUGGAGCGUGAAAAGGCAUCGCUGCUCAUGAACCUGCAGGAGUCCCAGACCCAGCUGCAGCACACGCAGGGCGCUCUGACGGAGCAGAACGAGCGCGUCCAUCGCCUCACCGAGCGCGUCAACGCCUUGAAGCAUCUCAGCGGGGACAAGGAGCUCGACGACCCGCGGGAAAGCGAGAAACCCGACGGCGGCUCGGCCAACGGCCACCGCCACCCCGACGUCCACGGGUUUGAAAUCCUGGAAUGUAAGUACAAGGUGGCGGUGACGGAGGUCAUCGACCUGAAAGCGGAGCUGAAGGCCUUGAAGGAGAAGUACAACCAGGAGGUGGAGGGGCAGGGGGAGUGUCACAGUGAUGACAGAGUCCAGGCCCUGAGUGAACAGAUAUCACAUCUGGAGCGGAGCUUMCGUGAGAGCCGGGAGAGGGCGGCGAGCCUGGAGGCGGAGCUCCGAGCGGCGUCGAGCACCGCGACGGAGAGCCAGAGCAUGCUGAACGUGGCGCAGGACGAGUUGGUGACCUUCAGCGAGGAGCUGGCRCAGCUCUACCACCACGUCUGCCUCUGCAACAACGAGACGCCGAACCGCGUCAUGCUGGACUACUAUCGCCAGAGCCGCACCACGCGCAGCGGCAGCCUCAAGGGCUCCGACGAUCCCCGGGCGCUGCUGUCGCCCCGCCUCGCUCGCCGCCUCGCCGCGGCGUCGGCGGCCUGCUCCCCCGACCCCCCGCGCAGCCCCGCGGACUCCCCGUCCAGAGACGCUCACCACAACGAGGCGACGGCCGGCUCGGCRGACUCUUCGUCCUGCCACGGCAGCCCCGGCCGCGGCCUCACCGGGUCUCCGGUCAUCGGCGUCUCGCGCUGCCCGUCCCCGCUGCCCACGGACACAGGUGGGGAUCUGCGGAAGGAGCCGAUGAACAUCUACAACCUGAACGCUAUCAUCAGAGACCAGAUCAAACACCUGCAGAGAGCGGUUGAUCGUUCCCUGCAGCUGUCCAGGCAGAGGGCUGCUGCCAGGGAGCUGGCACCCAUGCUCGACAAAGACAAGGAGUCCUGCAUGGAGGAGAUCCUGAAGCUCAAGUCUCUGCUGAGCACCAAGAGAGAACAGAUCGCCACACUCCGGCUGGUGCUCAAGGCCAAUAAACAGACAGCGGAAAAUGCUUUGGCUAACCUGAAGAGCAAGUACGAGAAUGAAAAGGCGAUGGUGACAGAGACCAUGAUGAAGCUGAGGAAUGAGCUGAAGGCCUUAAAAGAAGACGCUGCCACCUUUUCCUCUCUCAGGGCCAUGUUUGCUACAAGAUGCGAUGAGUACGUUACCCAGCUGGAUGAGAUGCAGAGACAGCUUGCUGCAGCAGAAGAUGAGAAGAAGACAUUGAACUCGCUCCUCCGUAUGGCCAUCCAGCAGAAACUGGCCUUGACCCAACGUCUGGAGGAUCUGGAGUUCGACCACGAGCAGAUUCACCGCGGCCGAGGUGCUAAAGUGCCCAAGAUAAAAAGCAGCCCUCCCAAAUUUUUUGUAGAUUGUCAGCAGCCUGCUGUCUCAGUACCGUCACUCUCCCCACAAAUAAGGCGAGGGAGAGCCUCCUUAGGCCGCAGUCGUAGAUUUAAGGACGAGCUCCAGGAAACCCAGACAGUCGUGUCCCGCAGACACAGCCUUCUCUCCCCCUGUGACCCACGUAACUGCCUGGCCCACCAGCCCCACCUCCCGGGUACCUAAGGACGAGGCUCCGGGCUCCGGCCCCCGGCCCCAGCCUCGGUCUAGAAGGAGUCACGCAGAGGCAGAGACCACCCUGGAUGGGGKUUUUUUUUACCCCCUACUUCAUUCCAACAGGGAAACCCGGUGCUUACAGGACUUUGUCCCCUCCCCAAGCUCUUUGUGGCCCGGCUCUGGCAGGCCCUCUGGUUACUUGGGUCGCAGAAGAGAAGGAGGACGUGACAGUACGCUGGCAUUUUCUCCUGACAACAAACUGUUAUUUAUGAAUAAUUUAUUGUCUAUUUAAUAUUUAUUUCAUAUACUCCGAAUUAUCUUUCUGUUUUUUGUUAUUUUACCAGGUGGAACUGCUUGUUUUUCUGCUGUGGUAAAGAUUCAAGUGGUCAGAAAGCUGAACGUAGACAUUAAUGAUGACAUCCUUGCCUAACCAUAUAACACAGCGUCAGUAAUAAGAGGUUUUAUUUGGGUAACGAUUCAUAAUUAAAGCUUUUCUCAUUCUUCCUUGGAGUGUUUGAGAAGAUCAGCGUUUUAACAUCAAAAUGUUUUCAGCUACUUUUGACCUUUCUUGAGAUGCUUUUAAGCAGGUCUUUUGUUUUGAAUCAGUUGCACAAUUGCUGUUUUUAUACCACUUAUUUAUUUUUACAACAAAGCUUAAAGCUUAGAGCUCACAAGCUGAAAUAAAAUAGAGGUUGAGUGACUUGAUCCGGUUUAAACAACCAGAGUGAACAAAAGUUAACGUAGAUUUUUUUUAUACAGUCGGUGUGUCUUUUGUUGAAUCGCUGUUACUGUCUUGUGAACAUCGUCUUCCUCUCACCCUUCUGUGUUUUUGGUUUAAGAGUCAUUCGUACGUUGGACAUUUCUUCAUCGUUCGACAGAAAUAACAUCCAGGGUGACAUUUUAACAUCCUGCUGUCACAUGUCCUCUUUUAGCCGUGUCCUCGUGCUUCCACCAAACAGAAUGCAGUACUGUACAAGCACAAACAUGCGCCAUGCAUUGGAGCAAUACAGUAAUGGUAGUCAGAUCAGGAUGAGAUUUACGUUGUGUAUUAGCCAGCAAACUGUUAGAAAGAGACAUUUUCGUCAAUUUUCUAAAUAAAUCAAAAUGUUUUUC